AUACUCUGCAUCACAUGAUCGUUCACAGCAAGUGAUACCGAGGAUUUUGCAGACGACGUUCCGACUUUAUUUCACAAUGAAUACUUUUAUCUUUAAUGUAACUUUCCUAAUUAUUUCAGUGUCAAUCAUCUCUACAUAUGCUCUUCCACUCCGUCCAGUAGUUGGUGUGUUGGCGCAAGGGAGUUCCUCAUCGAUAAAGAAGUAUGGGGCCUCUUACAUCGCUGCAUCCUACAUCAAGUAUCUGGAGUCUGCUGGUGCUCGAGUUGUUCCCGUCCUUGUAAAUCAAACGGAUGAAUACUAUAACAACAUUUUCAAAUCUCUCAAUGGGAUACUGUUUCCUGGAGGAGGGUCUGACAUUGUAGAUGUUUCUCACAUCGGCUAUUCAGGGGCAGCACAUAUUCUCUAUCAUAAAGCACUUGAGGCUAACAAACAAGGAGACUUCUUUCCUCUCUGGGGAAUAUGUCUUGGAUUUGAGGAGCUUAUGGUGCAGACGGCUGGAGAAGAUGUACUUAUAGAAGGCAUCAAGGCAUCCAAUAUUAGUUUCCCUGUACAGCUAGAACAAGGUUAUGAACAGAGUAGAUUGCUGAAUGCCAACACUACACCUCCCAGUAUCAUCAAGACUCUGUCAACAGUCAAUUCAACUCUCAACUCACAUAACAUGGCAUUAACUCCAACUAACUUCACCAGAUUUACAGCCUUGUCCUCCUUCUUUCAAGUUCUUUCAACCAACGUAGAUCUGAAUGGUGUUAGGUUCAUAUCAACCGUUGAAGCCUAUGACUACCCAUUCUAUGGCACCCAAUGGCAUCCUGAGAAGAAUGCCUUUGAGUGGAAAGUAAAUUCAUGUCAUGCUAAGGAAUGUGUGGAGCUCAUGCAGUACAUGGCAAACUUCUUUGUAGAAGAAGCGCGAAAGAGUCAGCACCAGUUCAGCUCUCCUGAUGAGAUGGCCAAGCAUUUGAUCUACAACUAUGACCCAGUCAACCUAUCUCAGUCAUCAAGUGCCUUUGAACAGGCUUAUUUUUUCCCAUGAGAUCCAUGGGUCAUCGGGGCUGCCUGUGAGUAAAUGUAUUUUUCAAGACAACUAGACAAGUUUUGAUGUGAAAUUAUUACCCGAUGCUCACUUUCAUUUUGCUUUGGAAUUUAUGCAAUAUUGUGAGGAAAUUAAAUCUAACUCAAUGUAAAUGUCUAUUUAUCUUUUUUUUAAAAGAAUUAUUAUUUAUCAAUAGACCAGUUCGUAGUUACUCGUGGACAAUUUUGGUCAA